UUUUGAUUCACGGCGGAGUUUAUUGUUCGCCGCAGCUUCGUUUCGUUUAAGGGUAGGCCGCCGUUCGCGUAUGUAGUGUAUAUAUAUUAUAUAGGGAAAAGUACGGAUUAGCUACCUGUGGUUGUAGCCAUUUGCGGAGAGGGUCAUGAGCUUAAUUUUUUGUCAAAAUGGUAUUCGUGGUUUACCUCCGUUAUCGCCAGAGGGGUCUCAGCCUACUGCUGUUAUAAUUUAAUGACGUGGCACGUUAUUCGGCCUAAAUGGCUGCCGCGUGGGGUUCCAGUCGUCCAGCUCAGUAAACAUUUUGAAUUAAAGCCAAAAAACACUUAAGUAUGUCUUAGAACGCAAAAUGACGUUUUAGGAGGGUUUCUGCAAGUCGGAGAAGGUCAGUCCAAACUUCCUCUUGGAGCUGUCGCACGUAAGUUCAACAUUGAAGAAGGUAAGUUCACCUUUGUCAUUUUACGCAUAUUGUGUUAUUAUUUGUUGUUCAAUUUCGUACGUUGUGGGGUCAUUAAGGUUUUGUUGUUGAAAAUUGUAUUGUGCGGUUGUUUUGUGAUAUUGUGUGUACAGGAAUGGAUGAUGAGCACGUGAAUCUGUGGAUUCACCAUGGUGGUAAAUGGGACUGCCUGAAGCAGAAAAAAGAGUAUUUGGGAGGUGAUGUGCUGAAAAAGGAAAAUGUGGACAUAGACUACCUUAGUAAGUUUGAGUUGGAUGGCUAUGCUGAGGACUUGGGUUAUAGUAAUGGGGUAGAUAUGUGGUUUAGAAGGUUCAGCAUUAAGGAGGUUUGUGAGCCUGUUUCUCUGCAACCCAUUGUUUGUGAUAAAGAUGUACAAGACAUGUUGGUUUCCAACAUCAUGGACCACACAUUGAUGUUUACUUUGUUUCCAAAAAAGUAAAAAGGGGAAUUUAGUAAAAGACUCCUCCAAACCAUCAAAUUCGAAUAUUGCAUCCCAGGGUUCUGUACCUACCCAAACUGUUCUGGAAGCCCAAUCUACAUUCCCUACCCAACCUGUUGAAGAAGCCCACACUUCUAUGGCUACCCAAACCAUUGAGGAAGCUCAUACUUCAAUGCCUACCUACACUCCACCAACUACCCAAACUGAACCCCAAGCCAUUACAUUUUUAGAAACCCAAUAUGGUAGUGAAAGUGAGACAGAUGAAGAUUACCACUGCUCAACCUCUGUCAAUGACAGUUCUUCAAUUGACCUAUCUGAUUCCAACCUAAGUGAAGCUAGCUGGUUAUAUGAAGAUCUACAAGGAAGUGAAGAAGAGUUGUUUCAUGAGGCAAUUGAGGAUUCCAUAGAGGAGUUGGAGGUAAAUGCAGAACACGAAGUUGAUGCUAGCCAUCUGAAAGCAAGACAGGUAAAUGAAGAACUGAGGGAGUUGGAUGAUGAAGACUUGGGGGAGUUCAAUGAAGAUCCAGCCUAUAGUGAAGAACUACAUAGCAUAAGAGGGUCAUCUGAUGAUGAGGCUAGGUAUCCUGAGUAUAAUGAAGAAGCAACAUCUAAGGGCACUGAAUUGUGCAAAGGUAUGAAAUUCUGCUCACAUGAUGAAUUCAGAAAACCACUAAAGGAGUGGGCUAUAAAAGGGGGUUUUGAUUACAAAUAUCAGAAGAACACUAAGUCCAACAUCUCUGUAGUUUGUAAAAAUAAGGAUACCUGCUCUUUUAGGGUCCAUGGUUCCAAACUUAGGGAUGCUCCCUAUUUCGAAAUCAAAACUUUCAGACCUAAUUAAACAUGAUUGUCCAUUUAAUAAUAGAAACAGUCUGGUGAGUAGCACCUAUUUGAGUGAAAAAUAUUUGGAUGAGUUGAGAGAUAAUCCAGAGUGGGAUGUCACUACAAUGCAAAAAUCCAUUCAAAGAAAGCUGCGUGCAGAAGUAAGUCUAGCCAUGUGCUAUAGAGCCAGGGUGAAGGCUAAGGCCAAGAUAGCAGGAGACAUUAAAGACCAGUAUAGGAGGUUGAGAGAUUAUGCUGAAACUAUCCUAAAAUAUAACCCUGAAAUUAUCCUAAACAUUAAGAUCGAAACUGAGCUCAAGGAGGUGGAAGAACAUGUUGGUGGUGAAGAAGGGGUUCCUAGGGUACCCAGAGAGUUGCCCAUGUUACAAUACAUGUAUAUGAGAUUCAGUGCUCAGAAGCAAGGCUAUUUUUCUGGCAUUAGACCCUUGAUUUGUCUAGAUGGCUGUCAUUUGAAGCAUUCUAUGGGAGGACAGCUAUUAUGUGCAGUAGCUAGGGAUGGAAAUGAGAACAUGUUUCCUCUAGCCAUUGCUUAUGUUGAUAGUGAGGACAAAGCGUCGUGGACAUGGUUUCUGGAGGUCAUGUUUGAGGAUUUUGGAAGACCCGAAGAGACGAAUUGGGUCUUUAUGUCUGACAAGCAAAAGGUAUAACUUGGUUUCUGCCCAUAUGAAUGCUUACGGUUAUUUAAUGGUUUGUGUGAAUGUUAUUUGACUUAUUUUAGGGGUUGGAAUUAGUAAAUCUUCUAUAUUAAUGGUUACUGUAUGGUCUGUGUUAUGGCAUAUUUCAUCUUCUAACCAUAACAAUGAUUAAAAGAUGUCAUGUAUUACUGCUUACUGUAUGUGUGUGAUGUGUAGGUUAUCUACUGAUCUGUGUGAUUAUUUUUUGACUUAUGCUAGGGUUUGGUUGAGGCAUUUAAGGCAGUCAAUCUUCAAAGUGAGCAUAGGUACUGUGUUAAGCAUAUGUACGAGAACUACAGAAAAGUAUUCAGUGGUGGGGAAUACAAGAAAAAACUCUGGUUAGCUGCCAGCACUGGGAGCCUCAAGGCAUGGCAGAAGCGAAUGGAGGGGAUAAAAAGCUUUGAUGAGGCAGCCUACAAAUGGUUGAUGCAUUUUGAUCCCAAAACUUGGAGUAAGGCUCAUUUCUCACCACAUGCACACUCAGAUGCACUGCAAAACAAUAUGUGUGAGUCAUUUAAUUCAUACAUCCUUAGAGCCAGAGAUAUGCCCAUUCUGAGCAUGUUUGAGUGGAUAAGAAAAAGAUUGAUGAAGAGGUUUCAUGUGAAGUACACUGCAAUGCUGAAGUAUAAAGGUGAAAUCUGUCCUAAUAAACAAGAUCUGCUUGAGAAACUUAAAUUUGAAAGUAGGAAUUGUUAUGCCACCCCAGCUGGGGACAAGCUUUAUGAAGUUGAUUUUUAUGAUACAAGCCAUGUGGUCAAUUUGAAUACCAGAACCUGCACAUGUCGAAUGUGGGAUUUAAAUGGAAUUCCAUGUAAGCAUGGAAUAUGUGCUAUAUUUGCAAAUAGGGAAAAACCUGAGAGCUAUGUCAGCCCAUUUUACUCAAAGGCCACAUAUUUAGCUGUGUAUGAGCACAUAAUUCACCCUAUGCCUAGUAAAGAUGAGUGGGAGACCACUGAUUUUCCAGAUAUUAUGCCCCUAGUGCCCUGAAAACCUACUGGUAGGCCAAAAAGAGAGAGGGUCAAACAGCCUGAUGAAACAAAGAAUCCAUUUAAGGUAUCUAGGGCUGGGAAACAAUUGCUAUGUGGAAAUUGUCAUCAAGUAGGCCACAAUGUUAGAGGUUGCAAAACUUCAAUCACAGGGGAAACACCAUGGCAGAGAAGAAAUAGGCUUCGAAAGGCUAAGAUGAGGCAAGCAGAAAGGGAUGGGGAGAUGGUGGAGCAGCCAAGUGAUAGUACUACUCAAUUAACAACUUGUGGCAACCAGUAGACCAAAACAAACAAAGAAGAGAGACAGAUCAAGUAUCUCACAGUCUCAACCAUCAACAAGAAGAGUAACAAGGAGUACCAGCUCACAACCCUCUAUGAAUGCUAAUGGUUCAAAGACUUGAGCAAGAUAGGAAAGAAGAAUGAGGUGGCAGGAGGUUUAAGAGAAUGUUUAGUUAUGUAAAAUUGUAACAUUUGGUUUAUGUUUGUGUUUGAAGUAUAUGGUUUGUGUUUUUUGGACCCAACUUUUUUGGACCCAACUGUUUUGGGGUAUGGUAGUCAUGUAUUGGACCAAAAUGUGCUCAUGUUUUUGGGUGAUGAUAUUCAGUCAUGUAAUGUUACAUAUGGUUAUGUUUUUGGGUGAUG